AUGGCUGCCAUCUGGGAAAACAAUGGCCAAGGUCAAUUCCCGCUCGAACAAUGGUUCUAUGAAAUGCCACCCGUCACUCGAUGGUGGACAGUCGCAACCGUAGCGACAUCGGUGCUAGUACAAUGUCACAUCGUGACACCAUUCCAACUCUUCUACAGCUUUCGCUCCGUCUACAUCAAGUCACAAUACUGGCGGCUCCUCACAACGUUCCUCUAUUUCGGCCCGUUGAACCUCGACCUACUAUACCACGUCUUCUUCCUCCAGCGAUACUCCCGACUUCUGGAGGAAUCCUCCGGCCGUUCACCCGCCAACUUCACAUGGCUAGUAUUCUACGCUAUUACAUCGUUGCUCGUCAUCUCGCCUUUCCUGUCAAUACCGUUCCUAGGCAGCGCGCUGUGCUCAAGUCUGGUUUAUAUCUGGGCGCGGCGCAACCCAGACACCCGCCUAAGUUUCCUUGGUUUGCUGGUGUUCACCGCUCCGUACCUGCCUUGGGUCUUGAUGGCGUUUAGUGUGGUUGUUCAUCAGAUUAUCCCCAAGGAUGAGAUUCUCGGCGUUGUCGUCGGUCAUGUCUGGUACUUCUUUAAUGAUGUCUACCCGCCUCUGCAUGAUGGCCACCGGCCAUUUGACCCACCUCGCUGGUGGCGUCGCGUAUUUGAUCCCGCACCUCAAUCUAAUGUGCGUGCGACGGAUGCAACUAACGUGAACCGUGAAUUCGCUGCUGCUGCGGCGCCUGAGGUUCAAUAG